AUUCGGCUUUCUUCUAUUCUUUUGUGGAACUUGCGUGCUUCGUGUGCUUCGUUGUCGGAAAACUAUUAAUCGCGAGUUCAUUAAUUAAUAUUUUCGAAAUAAAACUUUCUAUAAUAAUAUAAAUAGUAACAAAACGUACAAUGGUAAAAGAAAAGAAACAAUUUAAUAUUGGCGAUUUAGUAUUUGCUAAAGUAAAGGGCUAUCCCGCUUGGCCAGCGAAGAUAACUAGAUACAACAACAAGAAGUAUAAUGUGUACUUCUAUGGAACGGGUGAGACUGCCAAUAUAAAAUUGGAAGACCUUUUCCAAUAUAAAGAUAACAAGGAGAAGUUUGCCACCGAUAAGAAUAUGAAACGUAACAACUUUCGUGAGGCAAUGGAACAAAUUGAGGCCGCACUAAAUGGUGAAGAUUCCGCGCCAAUCGAUUUGCCAGCUGUGGUUUCUGGUGGUGGUGCCGGCGUUGCGGACUCAACUGCCGACGCAUCUCAAUUGGAGUCGCAAUUUGAUAAUACAGUAGAUGAAAGUGCAGUAAAUGAUACUAACAUAGAUGGCGUUGAUGAUUCACAAAUGGAAGUAGAUGAAGAAGGCGGUGCUGAACCUGUUGCUAAUGUCAAAGAAGAAGCCACGGCUGUCGCCACUGAAAAGUCGAUAAAGAAAGAUCCGGAAGCACCCACCGUCCCUGAAAGUGAAGUCGUCAGUCGCAGUGGACGCAAAAUUAAAUUAAAACGUUACAUUGAUGAUGAUGGAGAUACUGGGCCCAUUGCACACGCUCCAGCUCCCAAAAAGAAAGUACCAUCAGAAGGAAUUGCUUCUCAUGAUGCGAAAGUAAAAUCUGAAAAAAGAAAUUCAUCAAAUGCGAAGCCGGUGGCAACAAUUACACCCACGGUUAAAACUUCAACUAAAAAUGAGUUUCUCAAUAAUUUGCUCUUGGCUUUUGUACCACCGGCAAAGUGUGUUGGCAUUAAGUUGGACUACUUGAAACCAGAAACUUUUGAAACCCCCGAAGACAAGCAAAAGUGGGAAGAAAAUGCCCUUAAAGAAGCUGAAGAACUUAAGACAAAACUAGAAAUGGGUGCAAUAAAAUUAGAUUCCGUUUUAGAUCGAGUGGUUGUGAAUCCAUCACGUGGAAAGAUACAUCCUGAUGCUGUUAAUCGCUUUACCAGUCAAAUGAUCGAACAAGAGGACGCUCUACUAAUUGAGCGUGAUUUUAUACAGUUGUCCGCCCAGCUAAGAGAAUGUUUGGGUUUGAAACGGGCCGACGUAGAUCGUUGUUUGAAAAUUAUCAAACAAUAUAAAGAAUUCCAGUUGACUAAGAUAAUGCUGUUGCGCAACCCCGACUGUGUUGACAGCAUACGUCGCAUGAGGCGUUAUAUUGGCAAUUUGAAAUUGUGGAAUUUGAGCGAGGAAGAAGAGGCAGAUUUCAAAGCUAAGGCCGAGAUUAUUCGCUCGGAAGCGGUAUUGAUUUACAAUAACUUCAAGAAAAUAUUCGGACCAAGCACAUCGUCGCAUUUCUGGGAGGAAUUCUACAAUCAAGCACAAACCUAUGCUGAAAAUACUAAACAUAUAAACAACCGCAUUAUCUUAAGCGAAGAACGAUACAAAACUUUGUCGGCUAAUAAAAACUCCACAAAGAACUCGAAGAGUAAAGCAAAAAAGACAGACAUCAAAUCUGAACAAGAUGUAUUGCCAUCAACCGAAGAUGCCACUAACGACGAUGAUGUAAAAGCCGAAGGGGAGGACACAAAGGCGGUGAAUACAGAUGAAAAUCAUCACACAGCCGUAGAAGCCAAUUAAAUGAUAAUAUACUUGAUUUAUUAUCAUAGAUUAGUAUUUAAACAUAUUUUGAAUCGAUUCACCAUCCUUUUUUCGAAUUGGUCCAUUUUUCGUUUCUUUAGAAGUUGUUUUUUAGUUAAAAGAAACAGCGAAUAUAACAGAAAAAUGCAUUAAUUUAAUUUUAUAUAUUUUAGAUAUAUGCACAUACAAUAUCAUGCUAGUUUUGGACAUUGGAGGGCAUUUGUGUUAAAAUAUUUGGUAGAUUUUGAAAUGCAAAUUUUAAUUUUUCAAAUAUUUAAAAGAAUUGUGUUCAAUAGUAAUUUGUAUGAAGACGUUCAAAGUUGCUUACAGGUUAUAUGGAUGUCAAUAAAAAUGAUCAAAUAGGAAAAGAACUUGUUACAAUAACUGCAAAAUAAUUUUAUAUUAAAUUUUGUUUAUUGUACAGAAAUUAUUAUCAUGGCUCGAUUUUUUUAAAAAUCAAUAUAUAUUAGCUCCUUUGUCCAAAGCUAGCAUUAUAUUUCUGAAUACAUUGUAAGAUUGUUUAGAUUUAUAUAUGUAUUUCGUAUUUUUUACGCUAAAACAACGUAAAUUUUUUAAAAAAGAUUUUGAAUUUUUAAAUUUUUGUAUGGUUUUUGUUUUGGUUUCUCUAUGAGAAUAGAAAUUUAUCUUCCGGUCAUACAAACAAACAUUUUGUGCUAACAACAAAUAGUGUUAAUGACUUAAUGCGUAUUUCCUCUACAUAACAAAAUACUUAGAGCAAUAGGCAUUUAUGUUCCGUUUCAGAUUUAAAUUUUUAUUGACCUUUAAGAAAUGUUAUAUAUUUACCGAAUCAUUAUUCAUAUACACAAACCUUAUUAAAUGAACUCUUCUUCUGCUACUAUAACUGAGUAAAUAAUUUAAAUAAAAAUAUCUUUUUUAAAAUAA